CCGAGGUUCAGUUCCAGUGGCAGUGGGUGAUGCCAUCUUCCGGUCCCUGUUCUUCUUCCACAAAACACAAUAAACAACCAUGGCUAAAAUGACAAACCCAGAAGCACUUCGUCCCUUUCAUUCUUGUUCCCAUCUCAAGCUGUGUCCUUUUGUAGAUUCUAGUACAAUCCUUUCUGGUUUUAGAGAUUCUCGGUUCUCUAAUCUUAAAGGGACUCUGAAGAGCUCAAGAGAGGCAUCGUUUGUUCCUGUAAUAGCAUCCCAGAGCUCUCCUGUAAAUUAUGUCCCGGACGCAAAAUAUUACAAGGUGGAAGCGAUUCUCAGGCCCUGGCGAAUCCAGCAAGUUUAUUCCGUAAGACAGACACCGGCUUUAACUCUGUAUCUUGGUCACCAGGCUUUGCUGAAAAUGGGCAUUCGUGGUGUUACAGUUUCUGAUGUACGAGGCUUUGGGGCUCAAGGGGGUUCAACAGAGAGGCAUGGUGGCUCUGAAUUUUCUGGGGACAAGUUUCUUGCUAAAGUUAAGAUGGAGAUUGUGGUGAGAAAGGAGCAGGUGGAGGCUGUGAUUGAUAAGAUAAUUGAGGAGGCAAGGACCGGAGAGAUUGGUGAUGGCAAGAUAUUCUGUAAGCAUCCAAAUUUGUUCCUUUCAAGCUAUUUAGUUGAGGGAAUUCUCCCAUUACGGCUAAAUAAAGCUGUAAACUAUAAAAUUAUGGAACCGCAAUAGUAAAAUUUUGGGUAAGUGAAGUUGUUUUGUAAUUUUCUUUAUGUUUUGACUUCUGACAAAAUCAUACAUAGAUGAGGCCUGUUGCAGACAUUUGGUGUAAAUGAGCUAGGAAAUGUUUUAAGUUCUGCAACAUCAGAUUGUUAGAACUGCUGCUGUGCCCCGAUUUUGCCUUCUUUUUACUUCCUAUUAUAGCUUGAUCGUGGUGACUACAUCUUUAUGAAAUUGUCUCUGUUGCCUCUUUGUGUAUCCUAACCACAUCCAAAAGAGUGGGAUUGUUAAUUUAGGGUCAGUAGGGGUACAUUGUCUCAUAUUUGACUAUUGGAACCCUGUCUCUGUUGAUACAUCUUGAAGCUUCUAACAAAGUUUUUUUGGUAAUACAAUGGUGCCUGUCUCUGAUGUCAUUACACUUCGCACAGGUAACUUAAUUAUAUUCCAUUCAAAUUCAAGUAAUGCUUUCUUAAAUUGCUUGUUGAAGCAUCUCUUCAAAUAUUUAAUGACUUUUUACUUUGCAAUUCUCAGGUGAGCAUGGAGGGAAACCUGAGAGGAUGGUCAGAGGACAAUCUAACGUGUCCACUGCUGCAUAACCAGAUUUGCAUUGUCAGCAAAGUUAGCUGCAGCUUACUCCAAUUGAAGUGUCAAAGCUGCAGCUGCCCUUAAUUUGUUGAAGCUUAUGACAGUGUUAAUUGUCUAGCAUGUAUUAUCUCCUGCGAAUUAAAAUAAAGAUGAACCAUCAAUCACAUUGCUUUCUAUCUCAUCAUAAUGUGAAGCUGUUACUGGGUACUUAGCUGUUAU